AUGAAGUUGAAGCUCCACCAGGGCGACCCAGAACUGGAAGGUGUGGCGUCUGAGGGCAAACGUGAGCCUGGAGAUGGAAUGCCACUCCACAAGGGCGCACCAACCCCGACCUGCAAAGCCUAUUCCUUUCUUUCCUCACCUGUAUCUCUCAUUCAGUCGUCACAAGACAAAAAGCGGGCGCUGGGUUCCGGCAAGCCGAGCGAAGGGGUGGCGACGUCCCUUCGCUUUUCUUCUCAGCCGAGCUCUUUUUGGCCCGAUCAUUACGGAGGCGAGGCACAGCCCGAUUCUCCGGUUAAGAUGUCGCCGGUUUCCGAGCGCAUCAAGGCUUUGGAGGCUCUUGCUGCUAAAAAGGAGAGCAGUUUUCGAAGUGACUCUUUCUCAUACCGCCACCGCGACAAAACUCCCUCGGAUGGGGCGAAGAAGGUUCUAACCAAAAGCUCUCCUGAUCAGGAUUCACCCGAAUCACCCUUUGAGGUGCUCGGAGAGUUGAGACAAAUGAAUGAAUUUGAAGAAACGGAAACCUGGAUGAAGGCUCAUCUGCCGCCAGUGCCGGACUUUUGCAGUGUAGACUUAGUUUCUUCCGACUGUAAACUGACCGAUGAAAGUUCUGGUCUUGUUAGUGUCUCAAAUGCUUUCGCUGAGCCUUCCUGCGAUGCUCCAAAACAGGAGGAACCACAGACAGGAGUUAGUGUUGAGAAGGCAGACUUUGACCUCAACUUUCUACCAACAGCCCAUGUGUGGGUUCAGCCGGACAAGUCAUGUGCACAAUCUUCAUCGCAGCUAGACUCCAGCUUGGAGUCUCCUUCUGGCUCCCCUCCGGAUGACAAAACCACCACUUGGACUAGGGAUCCGGAGCCUGCAGAAGUUAAGGAACCGGAUAGUUCGGGGGAGUCUGAUGAAACCGUGAUUGAAGAUACCUUAGCUCAUGUUGUCCCCGCUGCAAAUUCGGAUUCUCCUCCAUCCUCUCCAGAGACCUCUUCCCCUGACGCGGAAAGGGUGGCGCCUCCAGUUAGGUCAGAAAGAAAGUUAAUGCAGGUUCCUACCAUCAAUGUCAUUGAAACCGAAGAGCCAAACUGCAGCGACGAUGAGUUUGAAAUGGAAUAUGAGGAAGAAGACCACGAGGCUGUUGACGAGGGAGCAAAAACUGUUGAAACAGCACCAGGGGAUAGCCUUGAAACCGCUAAGAGAAGGCCCUUAGAAACUGAAUUCAUGGAAGGCUACUCUCCUCCUUCCUCUCCUGUUGAAUCUGACGAGGAACAUGCUCCUCAAGAAACGAUCAUCAAUCCUCCACCAGAUGCAGUCUUGGAGAAAUCAACAGAUCAAGACUCUACAUUCGAUUUGUCCCUAGCUCAACCUGCUAAUCCAGAGACUGCAACAGAUUUUUUGAUCAGCGCAGACAAAGAAAUGGAUUCUCCUGGAAAUGAUGAUGUUGAAUGGUCAGAUGAAGCGCAACAAAAAUUGUUUGGAGAAGACCAAGUCGAUAUAACCGCCUGCAACGACAAGGACAACCCUUUCUUUUCUAGAAACAGUUUUAUGCGAGAGGAUACUUAUGAGGGGCAGUCGUUUGAGUAUGAACCAUCAUCUUUCUUUGAGAAAGAUGCUAGAGACGACUUUAUUUUGGACUCUGUCGAUACAAAACCUCAUGACGCGAUCACAUCCGAUACAAGUUCUUCGCCUCACAACCCACGUGAUAUUGCACACACGACCGGGUCCGAUAGCGACUCUGACUCUCGGCCCAUUGAUAGUUUUGUGGAAUUUAUGAGAGAGUGUCUCAAAACGAGGGAGGGUGAAGAACCAGAUGACUCUCAAAGUCCGCAGUCCCUUGCAAAUGUGCCAAUGGUUCCGGAAGAGGAACAGGUUAGUAUCUGUGCUCUUAAAGAGUUGGACAACAGUCAAGCGGCGAAGGAGGAAACGCUAGCCCCUCAAUCUGAGACAUUGGAAAACUCGAGCGCUGCAUGUCUUCAGCAAGAGUCACGCGAGAACACGCCUGGGACAUAUUCUGAAGAGGUAGAUGCUGUGGACGUAUGGGUAGCGGAGGCCUAUCAUCUUGCGGCGCAUGUCUUGAUGUCCGUACUAACCCACGAUUCAGUCAAGGAUCUGAUUUAUUGGCGGGACCCCAAGAAAUCCGGCGUGGUGUUCGGCUUGUCCAUGCUGGUGCUCCUGUCCUUGGCCGCCUUCAGCGUCAUCAGCGUGGUGUCCUACCUGCUCCUGGCGUUGCUCUGCGUCACCAUCACCUUCCGCAUCUACAAAUCGGUGGUCCAGGCGGUGAAGAAGUCCAGCGAUGGACACCCCUUCAAACCGCUGCUGGAGAAGGAUGUCAGCAUUUCCGCCGAGACCUUCCGCAAGCACGUGGACACGAGUCUGACCUACAUUAAUCGAGGCCUGAAGCAGAUGAGCCGCCUCUUUUUGGUGGAGGACCUGGUGGACUCGCUAAAGUUGGCUGUGGUCAUGUGGCUCCUGACCUACGUGGGCGCCAUCUUCAACGGCAUCACCAUACUCAUCCUCGCGGACAUCCUGCUUUUCGCCGUACCGCCCAUCUACGAGAAGAACAAGACGCAGAUCGACCAGUACGUGGACCUGGCCCGUACCCGGAUCAACGCCACUGUUGCCAAGUUGCAGGAGAAACUGCCCGGAGCGGUGAAGCGCAGCAAAACCGAAUGA